AUGGAGAUGCAGCAGUUGCCCCGCCAGCAACCACAACAGCAGCAGCAGCAGGGGCAGCAGUCGCAUUUCGGGGCAUCAGAGGAUGAGGAUCUAGAGCAGAAACAGCAACAACCACAUAACCAAUCACAGAAAACACAGCACCAACAACAGCAGCAGCAACAACAACUAGAAGAACAUCUCAAAGAUGCAGAAAUGAUGACCGAUAAUCCGAGCGAGAAGCAACAACAGCAGCAAGAACAGUACCAACAAAAGCAAUCUGAAGAUUUGGAUAUGGAACUAACCGACGAUCAGGGUGUAAACGAUGGGGAGAAUGAGCAGGAGGCAGUCGACGACGAGGACGACGAAGAUGAGGAGGACGAGGACGACGAUGGCACCAUCGUGGAGGACAGCGAUGCCACAAGCUGCAGCAGUUGUCGUCGCGCCGAACUGGAGGAUAACCAGCAGGAACAACAAACGUCUUCUUCUCCCCAAUAAGAUCGGGGUGUCACCUAGAUGCAUCAACGGGCGAUCUCUUCCACAAAAUGGAGGGGAUGCACACGCAUGGAUGCAAGGAAUACCGAUUUGUUGGUGGUAUAGCUUAUUGCUGAGUAACUUAAAAUGAUAAAGCGAAACAACAAUGUUCAAUAAGAAAGCGCUACUAGUACACACAAUAUACACAACAAGAAACUGAGGAACUUGUUCACAAGCAUGAACCAACGCUGUUUAGUUUUGAAAUCACCAUUUCCCAUCCCAAGCUUCGGCAUGUAUAAAUUGAUAAUAUAGUUUAGAAUUAGCAAUUGGUUACCAUUUGGAUUGCAUUCGCGCCCCAUGAUUUGAACUUCUGUUGGGAUACUUAUAUUUUUUCUUUGGCAAAUGUAUUAUGUGCUGGCGCUUUGUUUGGCCUUAUAAUUUACUUAUGAAACCUGCAAAUGCGUAAUUAAAUAAUUGUUAACUAGAAAUGAACCAAAAACCAUGUGUUGUAUUUAUUUGUAUUAUUUCCCUCUUUUUGCAUUUUCCACAAAUUUCGUUGGCGCUUAUCAGAGGCAAGAACCAUACACCCACACACGUACACAUAGCACAGGCAACAACCACCACUACAACCGAACGAGUUAAGUAAAAAAAAAGAGAAAAACAGAAUAUUUAACAAAAUUGUAAGGAAAACUCACAUAUUUUUCUGUCGGAUGGAUUAUUUAUGUGUAUUGAACUCUCAACACUUGUAAUCGGAAACCAAGCAGAAAAUAUAUAUAUAAAAAAAAUAGUAUAAUGUGAAAUUUGCAUACACACACCAUACUCACUCACACACACAGACGCUCUCUGCACACCUAAUGGGUACACAGAGAAAAAUAUAACGAAAUUGGCACGCUUUCCCAUAAAAAUGGUAUUCCAGUUUUUUAAAUUGGUAAAAAAACGCAUUUCCAAAUUGCAUUUGUUAGUUUCUCCGUACCGAAAACGUUUCACUAUUUCAAUCGUCUUCUGAAUAUAUUAUGAUGAAAUGUUGCUAUUUAACACCUUAUCUUGAAAAAAGCAAUUAUAAUUCAUGAAAAGUUUAUUGAGAUGAUAGACGGAGAUGUUGAUUGAUUAAAUUGUCUUGGGUCGUUUUUGAUGGAUAUUAAGAAUGAUUGCUGAUUUCUCUCUGUGUGCUUAAACAAUGUAUUAUUCAUUGCUUACGAGAAAACCAAAUCGGUGCGUGUUUGCACAUGGAUUUUUCCCACCUCCCCACCAAACCCCCCAUUCUCGCCCAUUAUUUACUCCUUUUCCUGGAUUUUGCUAACCAACAGCAAGCCAGCAAAAACAAGAAAAUAAAACUAUUGCAAUAAAACUAGUAGCAAACAAAUUACACACAAAUCGAAUAUUAUGUGUAUGUGUAUAUGUAUUGUCCAUCCACAGCAGCGAAGUAUGCAACAAAAAUUUUUUGUAGAAACUGCAAGCAGUAAUUAAACAAAAAGAGCAGAUAAUGUCGAAAGCAAAUGCAAAGACAAAAUAAAUAAUUAUCAUCUUGUCGUUUAUAUAAAUGUGUGCUAUGUGUUUCUUCGAAUCGGAUUUAUGUUAUAUGAAACAGAAGAACAGUAACAACUUAAAGGCAAAUAUUAAGGAAUGAAAGCGAACAGUAAUAGGAAACAAGGAAACCAAAAAGUAAAUAUAUAUAUAUUCAUGCAAGAAAUACAAAAUAAAGUAAACAUUGGUGUAAAUUAAGCAACAACCUAAGUAAAACCUACUAAAAACAACCAAAAAAAAAAUAAGGAAGCUUAAUACGUAAUUUCCUGAAAACAACAGAAGACAUAUACAUAUGCAUAAUUCACACACAUUUACCGUUACUUUUCACACACACAGCACCUCUCUCUCUUUAGGUAUUGCGUUUUAGAUUAUUGCUCAGCACGUUUUUGCGUAGACACAAAACUAUUUAUGCUAACGGUAAGAUAGGACCUUCUCUCUCUCACCCACACCUCCUCCACUUACACACACACGCUCGCAAAAUCAAGAAGAAGACGAAAAGAAAAACGUAAUUUUUUUUUUUAAAUCGGAUUGGCGGAUUUCUAACGGGAAAGAAAACAAAAACACACGAGGACUUCUAAUAAGUGUUUAUACAUACAUACAAAUAUAUAUAUAUAUACAUGUAUAUGUAUACAUAUAAAACAAAACCAAAAACAAAGCAAAGAUAAUGAGCAUAAUUUUUUGUCAUAAUGCAAAAUAUUUGUGUGGGAAACCAGUUUUUGAUGUAACAGAAAAACGCGCGAAAAAAGAUGAAUAUGUGUAACGGUAACAGAUCAAAAGAUAGAUAAAAGAAAGUGAAAAUUUGAUUUCUUUCGCUUAGUUUUUACCCAGUCGAUCGAUCCAUUUCCCCAUGUUCCGUUAGUAACGUUUAAACUCAAAUCUUUUAGCUGCCAUUUCUGAUGAAAAAGCAAGAAAUAACAAACCGAGAAACAAACAAAUACAAAAACUAGUUUAAAAUCUUAGUUCGUAAACCGUUUAUUUGAAUUUAACCGUUUAAUUCUACUUGACCUAUUUCUAUUUAACUGGUUUUUUGUGCAAGAAACAAACAUUACUUAAGUUUUUGUAAGAGAUUAGUAAAUUAUGUGAGCUGAGGGCGAUAUAGAGCAGAAAUGCAAUUGCAACUGCAAUCGCAAAUGCGGAUUUAUGGAGACAAUUUCAAGUAACAAUACGAGUAAGAAAUGAGAAAGCAAACAAAAACCAAAUGAGAUCUUCAAUGUGAAAUAAAAGUACUUCUUUGAAA